UAGGUGUAAUGUAUUACAUACCACUGACGAAGCAACUGUGUCAAAGAAACAACGGUAUACAUUCAAGUGGCCACGAGCCGAAACAUUUCCGGUAUAUCUUCCGCGCUUAAAAUCUUCGUGAUUUCGCGUGAGACGCAUUUUCUUUUACAAAUAAUUCGACAACGAGAAUCGGCAGCUGGCUUUAAAUCUCUCUGUCUUUAUCAGAAGAAUCGGAAGAAUGUGGUUGUCGAGAACAUCAUUCCUACUGAUAUUAAUCGGGUUGGCGAUUUCCGAGAAGGACAAUGAGAACGAUGCGUCCAACGUCUUCAUAGAGGAGGCCAAAAAUCUCUUCAGUCAGAAAUCGAUCGAAAACAUGGCUCAAGCCUUUGCGGAUUCCACCAAGCACGUCGGCGCGACGGAUGGUGUAGGCCAAAUCAUCUCAGAGAUCGGCAAUUUAAUGUCAAAUGGCCAAAAUAACGGACUUGACAUGUCAAUGGUUGGUUCGAUCUUGGGUGCCCUGACGAACGAUAAUACUGGCAGAUCGGUGAGAGACACAGGACAUCAUGAGGAAAAUAAUAUAGACUGGGGCAACUUAAUCAACAUAGGCAGCUCGUUUCUCCAACAAAAAGCCAACAACGAUAUAUUAUUGGGUCUUAUACCAGUAGUUUUAGAUGCUUUUGGUCAUGGAAAUAGCGACGGACAUGCCAAACCUAACGAUCACUCGGGACACUCCUGGUUUCUGCCCCCCGUAUUGGAGAACGUUCAUGUCAUGUGGGAGCAUUUUAGUAAUUCGGAAAUCGGACAAAUAUUAUGGAAGAACAGCGGUCUAUCAAAAAUGAUUGCUCAAGUAAUGGGUGGGAAUGGUGACUUUCUGUGGGAAAAAAUCCUAAACAGUUUUGAGAAUCCUGCUAUCCGUCGAAGAUGGAUCAACUCUCUUACGACUUUUGUGGCUGACUGGAUCUCUCACGUUUCCGAUCCAAAGAAUCAGUCGCGUUAUCUUGCGGCCGCACAAUAUAUCGGCAAUUCUUUCCUCAGAUCUCAGGGAUUCCCGAAGACGAUGAUGUUUGACACCGCGAGACCAACGGAGAGCCUUACCAAAUUGACAAAUGCAAUGGCGAAGAAAUACUUAAAUAUGAAUAUUAACAGUUAUCAAUAUAUAAAACCAGCGGUAGCGUAUUUCCAGGAAUUAGUUAAUUUAGCCACCGAAAAAGGAUUUAUCAUGUCUAGAGUGAAUGCACGAGAACUAAGCAACAGAUUAAAUGAAAUUAUCAACAACGAUCUCAUUGCACCCAUUCUCAAGGCGUAUCGAGCAUACAAAUGGUCGACGAAAGUGCCGCAUUGUGCUAGUCAAAUUUUGUGUACUAUAAAUGAGAAGAAUCAACUCGACGACAAUAAAGAAUCACAACUACGCAGCAUCUUGCUGAGAGUAGCAAGUUUCCCUGCUGCUUGGGCAGUCAGUAACAAAUUAGAUAUUAAUUUCUGGUCACUCUAUGGAGCCAUCAUGGAGCAAGAUGGAUGCAUCAAUAAAUUCCCAGCAGAUUGCACCAUUUUCUACGAAGAAGAAAUCAAAGCAACUACGGAAAAUAUUCAUAACGAGCUUUGAAUUUAACUCGUUAAUAGCCUGUGAGAAACGUUGGCUAUAUUAAGUCAUCUUUAAACUAGAAAGACGUGCCGCAAAGCCGUGUGUGUUCUCUCUUAUCCACACUCUCUAUCAUAUUUAUUGCAAAAAAAUGAAAUGCGCUUGAUAAAAUUAGUGUAUAUAUUAUAUACACAAAACGUCAAUUUUUAAUAUUAAAUUUUAAUAAAACGCAUCUCUAAGCGACACACACAUUUAAAGACAUGAAAAUGUAUAGAAAAAAGUCCUUCAUUUUAUGAAUAUCCAAUAUAGUAUGAAGGACGUUCUUUUUAGAUAUUAUUAAUAUUUAAAUAGAUAUGUUAUUUGAAUAGAUUUAUAUUCAACAAUCAAAAUUCUUAUUCAAAAGCAUAUAUAAUAUAUGCAGAAUGUCGAUUGUAAUUAAUCAAACAAUUUAAAAGAUAAAUUCUACAUGUAAUAGUUAAGAAUAUUUAUAAAGUAUAAAAGAAAUUUAAAAUUAAUUAUUAUUAAUGAUAUAUUACAUUCUGAUAGAAUUGGAAGUAAAUCUUAUGAUUAUUCGAGAAAAUGACAUCGUAAAUACAUCGCAUCGGGAUGAAGCGUAUUUAUAUAUAUGAGGUAAAUAGAUUCUACUCUCUAAUGAAAAGUCAGGAAUUUACAGCAUUAUUAGUUCUUCUCUUAAUUAUUUAUGUAGUAUUGAUUUUAUUAAUUAAUUAAGAUUAAAAAAGUGCAGUCGCACGGAUCUCUUCAUAUAUGUUAUUUUUAGCGCAUCUCCUUCGCGAGUGCAAUAACAUGUGGUGCUCAAAAAUAUUGUAUCUUUUUUCUGUUUAUUUCUUUAUUUUAUUUACUAGAUAAAUCUAUAAAAAUUCUAAUAUAUAAUUAAAACAACAAAAAGGCACAUAUUCUCCUUUGCAAUAUAACACUCGCUGUUACGGACGGCGACUCUUCUUUUCAUACGAAAAAAAUAGAAUCUCUCGAAUCUGAUGACUGAUGACUAGCAGCUCGUUCCAACGUGGAACGAAAAUCCGACAACUGGAUACGUUCGGUACGACAACGGGUUUGUAAGAACCUCAAACUGCGAUAUUCGGACGCUUAUACCGCGAAUCCACAAACAACAGUGUUCUCAAUUAUACGUUUUGUAAAUAGUAGAUAAAAGAUAAAUAAAGAUCAUGUGUGUAAAAUGUAGAA